AUGAUGGACAACACGCAACGCUCGCUUCUUUCAAAGUCGCUCCUGAUUUCCGCAUCGCUGGUGCUGCUGACCGGCACUGCGUCGUGCGGGAAGUGGUGGAAAUCCGACACGCGGAAAGACGAGAAACCGGCGUACAAGCACGCGGCUCGCAAGAUCCGAUCCCACUCGAUCGGACUGAUGCGGUUUGAGCAGUUCUUGACCGGUUCGUUCUCGUCGUAUGCGCAGUCGCAGCGUGAUCCGGAGUUCUACGAGAUCGUGCUGCACAUGGUCCCGAUCUGGGAAGAUCGCGAUGAUGGGCCUUGGUUGUACGUCGAGCAGGCGGCCGCGAGCAACGCGGGGCAGCCGUAUCGUCAGCGGGUGUAUCACCUGGAGCAGAUCGAUAAGAACUCGUACUCCUCUUCGGUGUACAGCUUUGAAAACCCUGAGCGGUUCGCGGGCGCGUAUAUGGAUGAGAUGCCGCUCGCUGAGCUGACCCCUGAGGAUCUUUCGAUCCGCGUGGGGUGCGCGAUUGUGGUGAGCUGGGACGAGGAUCAGCGUGCGUUUGUUGGCUCGACCAACGGGCGUGAUUGUCAGUCUGAGCUCCGCGGCGCGAGCUACGCGACGAGCGAGGUGCUGCUCCGCAAGGAUCGUUUGGUGACCUGGGAUCGUGGGUACGAUGCCAACGGCGAGCAGGUCUGGGGCGCGGUCAAGGGCGGGUAUGUCUUUGAUCGUGUGCUGGUGAUCGGGGGCGGGAUCAGCGGGUUGUCCUGCGCCUCGAUGCUGCACGAGUCGGGGAUUGAUGUCCGCGUUCUUGAUCGUGGGUAUCGGAUCGGUGGACGCUGCACGACUCGGCGGACGCUUGAGGGCGUGGUCGUUUCGGAUCUUGGCGCGCCUUGCUUUGAUGCGGAUGAUCCUGUGUUUCUCAAUGAAGUUCAGCGCUGGAUUGGUUCGGGGGCGUGCGCUCGAUGGGAUGGGGCUGGGGACUCGUUUGUUGGUGUGCCGACGAUGGAUGCGGUUGUGGAUCGCAUGGCGCAGGGGAUCGAUGUGCGGAGUGGGUGUCGGGUUGAUCGCAUUAUGCGUCAGGAUGGGAUGUGGGAAACUGAGGUUGAGCGGCGCGAUGGUGCUCGCGUGACUGAGCGGUGCGAGCAGGUAGUGCUGGCAACGCAUCCACGCGAAUCGGCUCGGCUCAUCGGAGAGCAUUCGAACAUGAUCAGCUCGGUGCUCGGAUCGGUGGAGACGCGGUGCGUGUGGGUGCUGGUGAUGCGGAUCAACGAUCCGCUCGAAGGACUCCCGGCAAUGGUUGAUGUGGGUGAUGACAGACUGGUCUGCUGUGAAUCGUGA